UGUCAAUUUCAAAGUCCCUGUGAGCACAUUCAUACAUUAGUGUGUGAUAGGUGUGAAAUGUUACAUGGCAUAGAGGAUGAUGUGUUCAAAUGUAUUGGUAAGAUGGGAGAUGAUGACUUCAAAGAGGAUACCACCAAAAACUUCCAGGAUGCAUUACAGAAAAUCAAUGACUGGAAAGCACAUAUUGCUAGAAAUGUAAAUCAAGACCUUUUUAGAACCCAAAAGCUAGAUAAUUUAAAGCGAUUUGAGGGAGUUUUAGUGAUGGACUGGGCAAUGAAGUUUCUACCAAUGAGAUACAGAGAGAAACAAACAGAUUGGUUUGGCCAAAGGGGAAAACAUUGGCAUGUCAGCGUCUGCAUUUAUAGAGAUGAAAAUGGUGAAAUUGGGCAUAGGACAUUUACUCAUGUUCUUGAGAAUGUUAAACAAGAUUGGUUUGCAGUGGCAUCACUGUUGGAACAUGUGCUGCAAACAGUUAAAAUCCAACUACCUCAGGUGACAGAUAUGUUUCUUCGUUCUGAUAAUGCGGGCUGUUACCAUUGUGGACAUUUAUGGAUUGCUAUUCCUCAAAUUAGCAAUAGAACAGGUAUUCAAAUAAAGCAAUAUUCAUAUUCAGAGGCUCAGGCCGGAAAGUCCUACUGUGACUCAAAAAUUGCUCAUAUGAGAACCAAGAUGAGAUCCUUUGUGGCAACUGGAAAUACUAUUUUGAAUGCAGACGACAUGAAAACUGCAAUUGAUUAUGGAAAAGGUGAAGCUGGAUGUCAAGUGGCCCAUGUUAUUGUUGAAACAUCAAAACAUGUUCUCAAGACUCAUAAUUUAAAAAAUAUAACACAUUACAACGAUGUUCAGUACACAGAAUCUGGUGUUGUAUUCAGAAAGGUUAUGGUAUUGGGGAUGGAUUGUCAAUGACUUAUAGUGAGUUAACUAAAUUAUCAGGCCAUUGUCAAAAUGAAACUGGA